AGAAGCAAGCAGUCGGCGGGCUGAUAGAUAACGAGAAAUAAAAAAAAACAAAUAUAAAUAAAAAGAAACCGAAUUUUUGGCCAGCAACAUGUUUGUUGGCCCUCGCAGCGCAUGCGCCUUAAAAAAUUCUACGCCACGUAUAGGUCGUGGGUGUUAAGGACGAAAUCGUCAACCUCAAAGCGAAAGGACAUUUAAACCUUGACGUAUUAUUCAACAAUUUGGACGUGUGUGUGCAGCAACAUCGACGAAUCAUUUAAUUAACUAAUUGAAAACCACACAAAAAACUCUUCAAAGUGAUUGUAAAAAAUAACCGAUACCGUUAUUAUUAAGAACCGCCACUAACGCGUUUAUAUAAUACACGACGAAUCCGAAUACGAAUCCAACGCCCAAAAUAUACACAUCCUCCAACAGUUUACAACAAAUUGCGAACAUUACAUUUUUUUAAAGAAAUACAAUUACUCCAUAUUUCUCCAAAAUGUCAACAACAUCGUCAGCCAAUUCGAGUGCCGAUGAGCCAAAUAAAAAGCCCGGCACCCAAACCGAGGAGAGCUCCCACCUGCUGGAAGCGGCCGAGAACGGUGCCAAGUAUGGCUCCCGACAAGCGGUAAAAAUCGUGAAAGCAAAUUCUCAAGAUCAGGAGAAUCUGCUUGACGACAUGGUUCAUACAACCACCGAGAAUAAAGCCAGAACAUUGCCGCAAUAUGUUGCCGCACUGGCUGCUGCGGGUGGUGCCUUCGCCGCCGGUACAUUGCUUGGCUGGACCUCGCCGGCUCAAACGGAAAUUCAGAAAGGGACUGCCUACGACUUUGAUGUGAGCGAAGAUCAGUACUCAUGGGUUAGUUCGGCCAUGACACUAGGCGCUGCCUGCGUUUGCAUACCGAUUGGUUUCCUCAUCAACUUCAUUGGACGCAAAUGGACAAUGUUGUUGCUGGUGUUACCUUUCACCAUUGGUUGGGCCAUGCUCAUCUGGGCAUCGAAUCUGGGCAUGAUGUACGCCUCACGUUUCCUGCUCGGCAUCGCUGGCGGUGCCUUCUGUGUCACGGCCCCCAUGUACACUGGUGAGAUCGCUCAAAAAAACAUUCGCGGAACACUUGGCAGCUUCUUCCAACUUAUGAUCACCAUUGGUAUUCUAUUUGUGUAUGCCAUUGGCGCUGGACUGAAUGUGUUCUGGAUGAGCGUUGUUUGCGGCAUCUUGCCCUUGAUCUUUGGCGUUAUAUUUUUCUUCAUGCCAGAGUCACCGACAUAUUUGGUUUCCAAGAACCGGACCGAAGGUGCUAUAAAGUCAAUACAGUGGCUGCGCGGCACGGAAUACAACUAUGAUGCCGAGCUGGAGGAACUCAAUCAGACCGACCGCGAGAUCAAGGAGAAUAAAGUAAACGUAUUUAGUGCACUGAGUCGUCCUGUUACCUUGAAGGCUUUGGGCAUUAGCUUGGGUCUUAUGUUCUUCCAGCAGUUGUGCGGCAUUAAUGCUGUCAUUUUCUACUCGAAUCAAAUUUUUGAAGAUGCCCAGACCGGCAUUGAACCCACACUUUCGGCCAUACUCGUGGGAGUUAUGCAAGUUGUUGCUACAUUCGUUUCGACACUGGUGGUAGACAAGUUGGGUCGCCGCAUACUGUUGCUUGCCUCCGGUGUCGUUAUGGCCCUUUCGACUACUGCCAUUGGCGUUUAUUUCUACCUGCAGGAUCAGGACGCGAGCUCUGUGAGCGAUCUUGGUUGGUUGCCAGUAGCUAGCCUGUGUAUUUUCAUUAUAAUGUUCUCGAUCGGUUACGGACCCGUGCCAUGGCUGAUGAUGGGCGAACUCUUCGCCACCGACAUUAAGGGCUUUGCCGGCUCCAUUGCGGGCACCUCAAACUGGGUUCUGGCCUUUUUGGUCACCAAAACGUUUACCAAUCUGAAUGCUUGGCUUGGUAAUGGCGGUACCUUCUGGCUCUUUGCUGCCAUCACGGUUAUCGGUGUGGUGUUUGUAUUCUUUGCCGUGCCGGAGACAAAGGGCAAGAGCCUUAACGAGAUACAGGCGGAGCUGGCGGGUAACAGACAUACCGCUAUCGUAGCAUCGGCACCAUUGGCUGAAAAGUAAACGCCCCUCACUUCGACAACUUUUAAGCUGUCUGUUAAAAAAGAUAUAGAAAAGUUACGUUAUGUUAAGUGAAGGCUUCAAUUUGUUUAAAGAGCAUACAAUUCGACAAAUAUUUGUUUAAUAUUGUUUGGAAUAGCAAAAGAAAGAGAUCAUGAAUGAGGAAGAGGAUGAGGAUGAGGCAAAGAUUGAAAGAGAAAGAGUUGCAAACACACUAACAACUAAGAACGAAGACUGAAGGUCAAGUGCAUAACACACACCGGAAAUGUUAAGCCGCUGUUAAGUUAAUGUUAAAUCUGCUCGCACUGUCAACUCAGCCACACACAAACAACAAUUCUGCAAUUACGUCUUUUGAUAAUUUAUAAUUAUUUGUAUUUCUGUUAAGCCAUUGAAAAGACAACAGCCAUGUGUGCGAAUGCCUUUUUAAAAUAUUUAUAAACAAUUACAAGGAUGAAAAUCAAUGCAUUUAGCACAACGCAUAUAUGUUCCCUGUUUUUUAUAUUUUAAUAAUUUAUGUAAUUCCAAAUUUGUUUACAAUUCUAAAAAGUUUUCAUAAGAUGAGCAAUAAGUUUUGUUUGUUUUUCCAUGUCUUCAAACUAUUCUUUUUAAUCUCUAAUACUACUCCUUUUGAUAUUCUUUAUAUUAAUUAUAGAACUAUAUAUUAUCUGUAUGUUAUCUGCGAGUGUUUAGAGUUCUUUGUAUGUAAUUAAGCAAACGUAAAAUUCAGUUUUUAAGCGAUUAGAGCACAUUUAAGUUUUAGGUCACAUGUUUUGCUAACUUAUUUAUACAUAUGCUAUACAAGAUGUUUUUAUAAUUUUUAUAUAGAAAAACAUUUAUCUACCGAUUCCUACAUAUUUCAUUUUUAAUUAAUUUAAUGUAAUCAACUAUAUACAUACAUAUAUACCCAUAUACAUACAUAUAUAAAAAUAAUAAUGCCGUCAUACGAUUACAUAUUUACAACGGCAACAAGUUUUUAAAACAAAAACCGAAUCCACAUCGUAAACCAACUGCUUAUCAUAGAUGAAAUGUUCAAGCGUUGUAUCAUUGUUAAAGUAUUUCGAAAACGUACUAUAAAUUGUAAAGCAGAGCAUAUUAUACAUAUUAGUGUGAAUGAAAAUAUAUUAAAUAAUGAUGUUG